CUCCUCUUCCAGCCCCGCCCGCUGCGCUUUGCGCGCAUGCGCACCGCGCAGUCUCCGGCGGUCGCGCCUCUAGCUGCCCUGGUUACCGUUGGUGUUUGCGAAUUCUCUGCAGCGCCUUCUUCUGCGACCAGCGCCUCGGGACUCCCGCGGCGGUUCGACACGCGCACGCCCGCGUCACGUGGGCCGAAGCUCCCUCACCGGCGCUAGCUGGUGGCUAAGGCGGGAGGAAGGAGCAGUGGCCACCGGUCGCCCUCCCAUUCUGCGCCCCAAGGCCGGCGUGCAUAUAAAAAAAUGGCGAAAUGGGGGUAGCCGUCACCGACCCUGAAACGAUGGGAUGCGCAGGUGGGACGGUUGUUGGAACCCCCUGACGUGGGCGCAGGGGCUGUUCUCGGAGAUUUGUCCUGGCGACCUCGAGCCGACACUUAAUAGGGCAGACCACGGACUCCGCGGGUCGCCGAGGGCUCCGCCGAGAGCCGGAGGCAAUGGAUGAACAGAGUGUGGAGAGCAUUGCUGAAGUUUUCCGAUGUUUCAUUUGUAUGGAGAAAUUGCGGGAUGCUCGCUUGUGUCCUCAUUGUUCCAAGCUUUGUUGUUUUAGCUGUAUUAGGCGCUGGCUGACCGAGCAGAGAGCUCAGUGUCCUCAUUGCCGUGCUCCACUGCAGCUACGAGAGCUAGUAAAUUGUCGUUGGGCAGAAGAAGUAACACAACAGCUUGAUACUCUUCAACUCUGCAGUCUCACCAAACAUGAAGAAAAUGAAAAGGACAAAUGUGAAAAUCACCAUGAGAAACUUAGUGUAUUUUGCUGGACUUGUAAGAAGUGUAUCUGCCAUCAGUGUGCACUUUGGGGAGGAAUGCAUGGCGGCCAUACCUUUAAACCUUUGGCAGAAAUUUAUGAGCAGCAUGUUACUAAAGUGAAUGAAGAGGUAGCCAAACUUCGUCGACGUCUCAUGGAACUGAUCAGCUUAGUUCAAGAAGUGGAAAGAAAUGUGGAGGCUGUAAGAAAUGCCAAAGAUGAACGUGUGCGGGAAAUUAGGAAUGCAGUAGAGAUGAUGAUUGCACGAUUGGACACACAGCUGAAAAACAAGCUCAUAACACUGAUGGGUCAGAAAACAUCUCUAACCCAAGAAACAGAGCUGUUGGAAUCCUUACUUCAGGAGGUAGAGCACCAGUUGCGGUCUUGUAGUAAGAGUGAGCUGAUAUCUAAGAGCUCAGAGAUCCUAAUGAUGUUUCAGCAAGUUCAUAGAAAGCCCAUGGCAUCCUUUGUUACCACUCCUGUUCCACCAGACUUUACCAGUGAAUUAGUACCAUCCUAUGACUCAGCUACUUUUGUUUUAGAGAAUUUCAGUACUUUGCGCCAGAGAGCAGAUCCUGUUUAUAGCCCGCCUCUUCAAGUUUCAGGACUUUGCUGGAGGUUAAAAGUUUACCCAGAUGGAAAUGGAGUUGUGCGUGGUUAUUACUUAUCUGUGUUUUUGGAACUCUCAGCUGGCUUACCUGAAACUUCCAAGUACGAAUAUCGUGUAGAGAUGGUUCACCAGUCCUGCAAUGAUCCUACCAAAAAUAUCAUUCGAGAAUUUGCAUCUGAUUUUGAAGUUGGAGAAUGUUGGGGCUAUAAUAGAUUUUUCCGUUUGGACUUACUUGCAAAUGAAGGAUACUUGAACCGACAAAAUGAUACAGUGAUUUUAAGGUUUCAGGUACGUUCACCAACAUUUUUUCAAAAAUGCCGGGAUCAGCAUUGGUACAUUACUCAGUUGGAAGCUGCACAGACUAGUUAUAUCCAACAAAUAAACAAUCUUAAAGAGGUAAGGAAAUAACUACUAUUUUUGAUUUCAUGCUUCAUAAGUCCUUUUUGCCUGUUAUAUUUGGAAUUAGGUUUUGCAUUCAGUAAGCCCACCUUAUUUGAGGAUUUAUCACAAGUG